AUUUGUGGAAUUCAGUGAUCUGUUGCUUGGCAACUUCAAGAGAGUUAAGCUUCUGCAUUCCGCCAGAGUCAGAAUUACAAAGUUUGGUGAGCCCCGUCAAUUACCUCUUGCGACCAAAAGGAAAUUAAUUGUCCAUCAUGCAGAGGGCUUGAGAAGCUGGCACCCAGAGCCAUGUCACACUUCUUCUACUUGACUCCACAAAUCGUUCUGCCCUUUAGCCCUCUCAGCUCUCGAGAGUUCAAUCUGAUCAGACGCAAGGCUGGAGCGUCUUGGCAGAAGGAAACGAGGUGGUCGGACUCUUCCAUAACAACAUACACAGGCAGUUACCAGAAAAAACAACUGGAUGAGUCCGCCAGCAGCCGAUUUUCUUUUAAAGCAGGACGGCAUCGGCCUGAGUGUAACCAGAUAUCAUCACCAAAUUCUGUCAGUCCCACGGUCUGCAGGGCUGGCUCCCGGGAGACUACAGAUGUGAAGAGACUAUUUCCUCAAAUAACCAGUUCUUUUAAAAAUGCACCUGAUGUCAAACACAGUGUGGUACACCAAAUUCUGUUUGGUGAUUUUUCUACAGCACCUCCAAAUUAUGAAAGAUCAUGUAUGAGAAUUAAAAAGCCAGUAUCUAAGAACCUGAUCAACUACAAUCAACUAAGGAAAGACUUUCUGAAGCAUCUGCACGCACGGGGUGACUCCGCAAGCCUGGCUGGCUCGUCGGAAGACUCAGAAGGUGACCAGCGCUCCGCUUGUGGUCUGGGACGACCGUUACCGUCACUUAGCUGAGUCGCAAAACCGAGUCCCAAAGGCGGAGGCCUGCGGUUUGCUUAAGGACUCUGAGGUUCUAAGGCACCCCUGGGAAGGAUUCCAGUCUUCUGCAAGCACGAUGUGGUCACCCAGCUGCUAUCCCCUUUCUUCUCUCCC